AUGGAAGAGCAAUAUCAUAGUAUUUGUGAGACCGUCCAGAAAAUGGAAGCAUCAUUUGCGCACUUUAGUGCACAUCUUAGUAUGCAGAUGUGCCUUCAACAGCAGGUACACUUAAAUGCAUCUGCAUCUGUAGAACCACAAGUUCUCUUGGAGUUCAAGGAAUAUGCUACUGAAGUAGACGUUGAUUUUGUCAGGAGGGCUGUUCGUGCUAUUGGACGAUGUGCCAUCAAGUUAGAGAAGGCUGCCGAGCGUUCAAAUCACAAUAAAAAGGAAAUGGAGUUUUCUUUUCUGCAGCUCACCAUCUCCAUAAUUGCCUUAGCUGCCAUUGCCCAAACAUCUUUCGUACAAUCCGCCUGUGACUCUGAUUGCGUUAAAGGGUUUGUUGCUGCACAUAACGCGGCCCGACAAACUGUUGGAUCUCCACCUGUUAACUGGAAUUCCACCUUAGCAGACAUCGCCGAAUCCUAUGCCGCCAAGAGGUCUGCUGACUGUGUGCCGCAGAACUCUAACGGGCUGUAUGGGGAAAACAUUGCGGUGGCCUCUGCCGAAUUGUCUCCGGCGGAUUCCAUGAAGUUGUGGAUGGGUGAGAAGAAGGACUAUGACCACGCAUCGAAUUCUUGCACCAGCGGCAACAAUUGCCGCUCUUAUACGCAGGUGGUUUGGGGCGGCAGCACGAGUAUUGGCUGUGCUAGGGUUACGUGCAAAACUGAUUGGAUGUUUGUCAUCUGCUACUAUAACCCUCCGGGCAACUAUAUGGGCGAAAAACCAUAUUAA